AUGGCCACCAUUGCCUCGUUCCCGCCACUGCUGGGCUUCGUGCCCCGCGAGCACCUCGCGUCCGGCGGCCAGUCGGCCGUCUACCGCGCCCUCAACCCCUCGACCGACCAGCUCGCCGCCAUCAAGGUCGUCCCCCUGCGGGUCCCACCAGGCGCAGCAGCAGGCGGUACCGCCGCCAUGGACCCGGCCACCGCCGCCAAGGCCAAGCAGCUCGUGCGCGAGAUGCGCAUCCACGAGACGCUCCACCACCGCAACAUCCUGCGCCUCUUUGGCGGCGAGACGCGCGACGAGUGCAUCGUGCGGGCGACCGGCGGCGGCGAGACGACCUGGCCGAGCGGGCUCUACAUGGUCCUCGACCUCGCCGACGGCGGCGACCUGUUCGACAAGAUCACGCCCGACGUCGGCGUCGACAGCGACAUCGCGCACCUCUACUUCCGCCAGCUCAUCUCCGGCCUGAAAUACCUCAACCAGCAUGGCAUCUGCCACCGCGACGUCAAGCCCGAGAACUGCCUGCUAGACGGACACGGCAACCUCAAGGUGUCGGACUUUGGCCUCGCGACCGUGUUCAAGUACAAGGGCCAAGAGCGACUGCUCAAAGACCGCUGCGGGAGCCCGCCCUACGCUGCACCUGAGCUCGCUCGCCCGCAACCUUACGCGGCCGAGCCGAUCGAUGUAUGGAGCGCCGGCGUCCUUCUGUUCGCCCUUCUCUUCGGCAACACGCCCUGGGACGAGCCGACGCCCAACUCGCCCGAGUUUGCCGCGUUCCUGUCGGGCCAGAUCUUUACGCAAGAGCCGUGGCGGCGGCUCGGCUCGGCGAGCGAGAGCGGCGUCGCGCAACUGCUCCUCGCCAUGCUCACGGUCGACCCGACAGAGCGCCCGACGCUCAAGGGCAUCGAGCGCAUGGACUGGUAUUGCCAGUCGAACCCGCUUCUAGACCUCUCGACCGGCCUCGUCUCGGACCCGCACGAGCUCCUUCGACGCCUCCUCGCGACCCUGCACGCGCACGAAUACCUCGGACCGCCCGCCGACGAGUUCUCCGAGCUCAUGAUGGCGUCGCAAGGCCCGUCGCAGCAGCAACUGCCGGCGCUCAGCCAGAAGAUGAGCCAGCGCGGGCUCGACCCGAACCAGAGCUUCCGCAGCUCGCUCCAGCUCUACUCGCGCCUCUCGAUGGCCCCGACUCAGCGCACCAACCCCAACCUCACCCGGUUCUUCACGACCCAGCCCCUCCCCGUCCUCCUGUCGUGCCUCACCCGAGCCCUCACCUCCCUCGCCCUCGCCCCCUCGUCCACCUCGACGCCCGCCUUCGAGCUCCUGUACUCGUCCCCGACCGGCACGGGCGAGUCGCCGACCGCGCCGACGGUCGAGCACGUGUCGUCGGCCGCGCUCGGGACGCUCCUCUCGCGCGUGCGCAUCCGCACGAGGGACCGCCGCAACCAGAAGCUGUGGCUCGCCAUCCUCGUGUCCAAGUCGGUCCUGCCGCCGGACCCGGCGGCCCAGAGCCAGGGCCAGGGCCAGGGCGGCGGGAUGGACGUCGACGGCGGCGCCGAGCAGGAGGGCCUCGACGUCGUGUGCUGGAAGCGCGAGGCGGACCCGCUCGAGAUGAAGCGGCUCUGGAGGGGCGUCGUCGAGCGGUUGCCAGAGGGGGUCAUCGUCGCCACGUGACGCGAGCGCCUGCUUCGCCCCUCGAGGGCAUCCUUUUGUUGUACCCUUCAUGCAAGUCCAUCAGUUCUUUUUC